AUGGACUUAAAGAGCAGGUAUAGUACAAAUAAAAAUUAAUAGCUGAUUAUUGAUUCAAUUUAGGCUAAGCAUGUUGAUGCCUUGAAGAAAUUUGAUGAGAUUCAGUAGCUUAUAAAGCAGCAUUUGGGUGAUCAGGCCCCUGAAAUCGGUAUCUUGUGUAAUAUACUGUCAAUGGCUCAUUUACAGAAAGAAGACUUCAAGUUAUGCUAAGAAUUGCUUGGCAAAGCAGUUUUAUUCACUGAAAACAAUGAAAGAUUAAGAGCAAUUACUUACAAUAACUAUGCAUGUCUGUUUAGGAAGACUAACAAGCUGAGGAAUGCUUUGCAGUAUCUAGAGUAGGCACUUGAUCUCGAGUAUUCUUGCAUCAAUCUAGCUAAUGAGCCUGUUGACGAGAGCUUAAAAAUGUCAAAUCCAUGCGAGAUUCAUUUGAAUAUAUGUGCUAUUUUAUCCUAGAUGGAUAAACAUGAAUUAGCUUUGCAUCAUGCCAUGAAGGCACUUAUUCUGAUAUAGGAUGAAUUGGUUUCAAGAAAUGAAGAAUCCAAAGAUGGCAUUAAUAACGAAGAUAGAUACACAGUACUUGUUAUAGCAUUACACAAUAUUGCAGUUGAGCAUGAAUAUCUCAAACAAGUAAUCCUUUAUAACUAAAAUCCCUUGUUAUAGUAUUCUUAAUCCUUACUAAAUUACAAAAAAGCUAGGGAUUUUGCUUAAAAGUCGCUUGGCCAGGAUCAUCUUAUGACUAAGAAAAUGGAACAAGUAUUUUUCCAAGCUGCUUCUAAGAUUCAUGAAAACCUAGAGAAGCAAGCUUCUAGGAAGAAGGGACCAGCCAAGCAGUAGCCUUCUCCACAAUACACACUUGAUGAUUUACUUCAAAAUGGGAUUCCGAUUGACACAGAAGUUGAAAUUUAAUUCAAAGGAUUAAGUCUUAACUAAACUAUAAUUCAAAGUACUGUAGCAUCUGUUAGCAAUUAGUUCGGUAGAGCAUAGAGAUCUCCAACUCGUGUUUAGAACCCAUAUGUGUAGUUUACAAAGAAAUGA